GCCCCGCCCAUUCUCUCCACUAUAUAAGAGGAGUCUAGGAGCGGUCAUAGUCCCCCCAAACCACUUGGAAACAAUCACUAACCAUCCCUAUCCUCAACCGUGUUCCUGGUCCUCCUAACACUGUUGCUGUCACCACCAUACAAGAAGAAACAAAUGGCACGUUACAGUAGCACCUAUUUUCCUUCCUGCUAUGCCACUGCUGCCCUCACCACUCUGCUCAUCUUUGGUUCCUUUGGUUUCCAUGGGAUGACAACAUGCAGUGCAGCGAGAAUUCACAUCCACAAGAAAGCAAGCACAAACUUCAUCGCCACCAAGUGCAGCACCACAACCAACCCACGCCUCUGCGUCGACACGCUCGCAUCCCAUGCCAGCACGAUCCAGGACAACCCCUCGCUACUCGCCCGGACCGCCAUCUCGGUGUGCCUGGCCAGCGCGCAGAGCACAUCGGCCGUGCUGUCGAGCCAGUCAACCACUGGGGGCUUGGGUGCCGGAGACGCGGGUGCGGUCGGUGACUGCAAGACCACCAUGGGAGACUCCGCGGACAAGCUCCAGAAGUCCCUGGACGCGAUGGGGAGCCUCAGAGGAAAGAAAGGAAUUAAUGACAUACAAACCUGGAUGAGCACGGCGCUGACGGACGUAGCCAUGUGCAGGGAGGGGUUGGAGGCGAGCAACAUGGAUGGUAGCGUCAAGAGUAGUAUUGUGAACGCUGAACAGCUCACAAGCAUUGCUUUGGCUUUUGUCAAUGGUCUGAGCCCUGUGUCUCCAUGAUGCUGCUAGGAGUUGUUUAGCUAGCAAAGGCAGUAUAUGCGUUGAUGCAUACGCUUUAACGUUUACCUGUGCAAGGGUUCUGUUGUAGCGUAUAACUAAUGUUUCAAAGUAUAUAUUUAAUGGAUUAAUUCUAGUUCAAAGCCUCUGAAUGCAGAGCUAUCUA